AUGAUCGCAGUUAUAUUGAUAUACAGUUUUUUAAUUUCUGGAAUAUUUGCAGGCUUGGAUGAUUUUUGUCAGAGUUCUACUGCCUCUACAUCAGAUCAGGCACCUUCCACUUCAGGUCAGCGUCAGUCACGCCCACCAAGUCCGCCAAUUAGCGUCAAGAAAAAUCAUUGCUUCGUGACAUACUUGCAUUUGCAAGGUCCUUGCCAGCCUGGCGAGCUGGAAAGCUAUGAUUCAGCGGUUUCAACUAUAAAGAAUGCACACCAAAAGCUAAAUACAGUAGUAAAAAGUAUCAAGCGAGGAAUGUCGAUGAUCAAACUCGAUCUGAUUCAACUUAAUUACGAACCAGACGUGCAGUUGGCAAGUCAAGGACAUACAAGGGAGAGUGCUCACGCUAUGCUUACGAAAAAGUUUAAAUUAGCCAGUAUUAUCAUGAGAUUAGUCAAUAAGCUGCACAGAAAACAGUUGAUUUCUAUGAUGAGCAUUCAGACUCGAUUGUUUACUCGUGAAUGUCCUGGAAUUCGAGAGAUACUUUUGAAGACAUCAGACCAUUUUACCUAUCCAAAAAUGAUUCCCGAAAAAAUCAAAAUUGUUUUUGGUAACCCUCAAGGUAAAUAUGUCAGCAUGUUCCCAAAAAUGGCCCAAGCUGUUGGGACAUCUGGAUCAAAUGAAGCUACUCAAACGACUGAACCAGAUCAAUCAACCGAAACUGAUAUGCAAGUGGAUUAA